GUGUACCAGUGCAGCAUGGCGGCGGCGGAGGGACCCUCCUUCUGGCUGGGCAAGGAGACGCUGAGGGUGCCUGUGGCACUCUUUGCCUUGAACAGGAGACGGCUGUGCGAUCGCCUGCGGCGCAACAACGAUGUCCAGAAGAAUUCCCUGGUCCUGCUGCAGGGGGGAGAGGAAACCCAGAGAUACUGCACAGACACUGGCAUCGUCUUUCGCCAGGAAUCUUACUUCCACUGGACGUUUGGAGUCACUGAAGCAGGCUGCUUUGGAGCAGUGGAUGUUGAUACUGGAAGAUCCAUGCUCUUUGUUCCACAACUCCCCGAGAGCUAUGCAGUCUGGAUGGGAAAGAUUCACCCCCCAGAGUUCUUCAGGAAGAAGUACGCUGUGGAUGAGGUGCACUACGUGACCGAGAUCUGCAGUGUCCUGACUUCGAAGAAGCCUGCCGUGCUGCUCACCUUGCGUGGUGUCAACACUGACAGUGGCAGUGUCUCCAAAGAAGCUUCCUUUGAAGGCAUCAGCCAAUUUAAUGUGAACAACAAAAUCCUCCAUCCUGAGAUUGCAGAAUGUCGUGUGAUUAAGACAGACAUGGAGCUCGAAGUCCUGCGCUACACCAAUAAAAUCUCCAGUGAGGCUCAUAAAGAGGUAAUGAAGGCAGUAAAAGCAGGCAUGAAAGAAUAUGAGCUGGAGAGCCUGUUCCAGCACUACUGCUACGCUCGUGGGGGCAUGCGGCACACCUCCUACACUUGCAUCUGUGGCAGUGGGGAGAACUCCUCUGUUUUGCACUAUGGCCACGCUGGAGCCCCAAACGACAGGACUAUUGAAGAUGGAGACCUGUGCCUGUUUGACAUGGGAGGAGAGUACUACUGCUACGGCUCCGACAUCACCUGCACAUUCCCUGCCAAUGGCAAGUUCAGCCCUGCCCAGAGGGCCAUCUACGAGGCCGUGCUGCGGGCGUCGCGCGCCGUGAUGGCAGCAGUCAAGCCAGGGGUGGCCUGGCCUGAUCUGCACCGUCUGGCUGACAGAGUCCAUCUGGAGGAGCUGACUAAAAUUGGCAUCCUGAAAGGCAAUGUGGAUGAGAUGGUGAAGGUUCAUCUGGGUGCAAUAUUUAUGCCACACGGGCUUGGACAUCUACUUGGAAUCGAUGUGCACGAUGUUGGAGGCUACCCAGAGGGCGUGGAGCGCAUCGAUGAGCCGGGGCUGAGGAGCCUGCGCACGGCCCGCAGGCUGCAGCCAGGCAUGGUGCUCACCGUGGAGCCAGGCAUCUACUUCAUCGACCCCCUGCUGGAUCAAGCCCUGCGAGACCCUGCACAGGCCUGCUUCAUCGACAGCCAGGUCCUGCAGCGCUUCAGGGGCUUCGGUGGGGUGCGGAUCGAGGACGACAUCGUGGUGACAGCCAGCGGGAUGGAGCUGCUGACCUGUGUGCCACGCACUGUCGAGGAGAUCGAGGCUUUCAUGGCAGAAGCAGAGAGUGGAUCCAAGGCCUUCGAGGGCCUCUGCAGCCCCAGGCAGUAGCAGCUGCUGGAGGUGCAGGAGCAGGGAGCUGCUUCUGCCCCACAGCCAGCAGUCGCCCACUGCCUGCGGCACAAUGAAGCAUGUCCAGCUGUGAGGGGCAGCAGGCUGCUGGCUGCAGCGAUUCCUUCCCUAGCAGUGGAGGAGGGAGGCUUCAGCACUUGAUGCCCAGGUAACCCAAGAGCUGCUGCUGCAUCACCAGGGGCUGACACCUCUGUCAGACCUCAGCUCAGACAGCUUGCAAUGAAAUCUGCACGUUGAUGAUUGGGACUCUCACACAGCACAGCACAGGGACUGUCUGACUCUGGCAGUGACUGGAGCAGGCCAAGUCCUUUCUUACACUGCAGCACCAGCACUGCCAAACCCAGAGCAGAAACCUCAGCUGCUCUGGGGCGGUGCAGGGACACUUCUGCUUUUCUUAUGGAUCUUAUCUCAGAGUCACUGGGGUAAGCAGAAUCAAAUUUGUAUUAAAAUUCCUCCUUGGCAU